AUGCGGCAUCUAGGCAAAACCUCCGCAGCGCUUGACCUGUCGUCCAAGAGCCGCGACAAUUACCUUCGCCUGUUGGUGCUCGUCCUCACCGCCGGUCAAUACGUCGACACUUCGUUCGAUUAUGCUGCGAAGAUCCUGGAAACAACGCGGCAACUCGCCUCUGGGCUCGGUGCAGUCACAUCUGCCGCCGCACCGGUUGACGCUGCAGAUGGCCGCACGAUACGCUCUGCGCAAGCGCAAGGCAAGGACUCAAACCUUUAUCAAGUUGGACAUGCACGUGCAGGAUUGUGGAUUGGGCAACGUUUUUCUGAGCUAUAUCGACGUGCGGGCGAAUCGUCCAAAGCUGCUAAGCAAAAUGCACUCAACGACGUCUUUGUGCGUGCGAUCGCCGCUACCAACGCACGAGCGACGAGUGAAGCGUAUAGCAGUCUUUCAGUAUUUCGGGAUUUCGACGCUAUGUUUCCUAAAGUGGAGCCACCGGUUGAGCCUCCAGUUCAGUUGUCAAAGGAGCAAGGCAAGAAGCAGAAACAACAAAAGACGAAGAAGGAAAAACGAAAGCAUACGCGUGCUACGACAGCUUCGACACUCGAAUUGUUCUCACCACUCGAGACUAGAGGAGUGUGGAGUCGGGACACGGACGGUGAGGAGGGUUGGGGGACGGAGCCGCCAAGUUCGCAAGCCACGUCGACGUCGUCUACACAGGGGUACCGACAUUUUUCCCAAUCUUCGACGCAGUCGAGCUUUUCAGCGGCGAGCAGUACGGGCACGCGCCACUCGACGCGUUCCUCGCGUGGGCCACGAAAAAUAUUGGUCGAGAGUGAUGAUGAAGAUCAUCCUGCUGGUCAUCGAGGAGAGGAAGAUGAUGAGUGGGAAGAGGAAGAAGAGGAUUAG